AUGUUCAAGGUAAUUCAGAGGUUCGUGGGGCCGGCCAGCCUGAGCCUGCUCACCUUCAAGGUCUAUGCAUCAUCAAAAAAGGACUCACCUCACAAAGAUACUGUGAAGGUUAAUGAGCUUUCACUCUACUCCGUUCCUGAGGAUCAGUCUAAAUAUGUGGAAGAACCAAGGACCCAACUUGAAGAAAGCAUCUCUCAUCUCCGACAUUAUUGUGAACCAUAUACAAGUUGGUGUCAGGAAAAGUACUCCCAAAAUAAGCCCAAGAUGCAAAGUUUGGUUCAAUGGGGGUUAGACAGCUACGAAUAUCUCCAAAAUGCACCUCCUGGAUUUUUUCCAAGACUUGGUGUUAUUGGUUUUGCCGGAGUUGUUGGACUCGUUUUGGCUAGAGGUUCAAAGAUAAAGAAGCUUGUGUAUCCACCUGGUUUCAUGGGAUUUGCUGCCUCUCUUUAUUAUCCACAGCAUGCCAUUGUAUUUGUCCAGGUCAGUGGAGAGAAAUUGUAUGACUGGGGUUUACGAGGCUACAUUGUCAUAGAAGAUUUGUGGAAGGAGAACUUUCAAAAGUCAGGAAAUGUGAAGAACUCACCUGGAAAUAAGUAG